AUGUGCUCUCGCGGCGACGUCGCGCGCUCAGCUGCCCCGUCCGCCAGCCCACCUACGCCCGUGUCCGGCGUCUGGCCCCCCUCUGCUUCCUUGGACCUGGAUGAUCGCGAGAAUCAGAGAUGGCUAUCUGACCAGGCCUGCUUCACGGAUGACUAUGCGACACGACCAACGGCCUUCACCCUGACGAGCCACAUUCUCCGCGGGUGCGCUGGCCGCAUCCCAGUCCGCCCCCGAGCCUUCACUUCUGCCACCACCGCGUCCUUGGCUGCAAUCAACAACGCCGCCAUGUCUUCCACCCCGAGGCCUGCCCGUGGCGACACUUAUUUAAUCAACUCAUCUUCCCCAGACCUUCCAUCCCUCGGCGAACUCUUUCGGCGAAGCCCCAAACGGGCACCGCCCUUGAGGAGCGGGAGCAAUGCCGCACCCAUCCCGACCACUGCUCGAAGCACGUUUGCAUCCGCUGCCGAUAUCCUGCGAGAAGCCCCGGAAAUAGACAUCGAUACAGAGACAAUUACCCAUUCGCCCCCGCCCCGAAAACCAAAGGCGCCUAGAAAGCCGAGAGCGAAGGCCCUGGCUUCCAAGGAAGCAGAUGCGCCAGCCGAAGUUGCCUUGUCGCCAAAGCGGUUCAAGUCCAAGAAGUCCCUCGAGGACAACCAGCCUUCCCUGCCCAGAGCUCGUGUGACGAAAUCCACAGCUCCAGACAAGAAGAGGACCAGGAAAACAACCGAGACCGUCUCCAACCAUUUUCCUGCUGCCGAGGAGCCCGAGGCCGCGCCACCAGAGCCGCAAGAGCCAGCAGUGGCCCGAAGGAAUGACUGGACACCACCGAGGGCAAACACUGUUGUCAUUCUUGACUCCGAGUCCGAUAACCGUGAACUUCUAUCAUCAGCAGAGAGACCUGUCACCAAAAAGGAUGUCUUUGGUACUCUGCUCGACGCCUACGGCUGUCGGGACACCGGCACAGCGACCGAGAACGAGGCAGGCCUCCCUGCACAGCCAGCAGCACCGGCCGUUGACAUUUUGCGAAAGCGCAAGCGCUUAGAGCUGGUCGCGGUUGGCGAUGAGAGACCAGCCCCACCAGAGUCAGAAUCACAAGGAGCACGAGUAGCAUCACCGUCCAAGCCUCCUCUAGCCAAGAAGAAGGCAGCAACGACAAUCACAAGCCUGGCAACCGCGCCCUACAUGCCUCAGCUACCGGAGAUUGACCUUUUGGCGCCUGGCAAUAAAGAGACCCUCUUACAGUACUUCGAUGGUGAUGGCAAUAUGAAGUCACUUGUUGAGCACCAGUCUGCUCUUAUGGAUCACGAAAAGUCAAAAGUCAAGAAGCCAGCAGCCAAGCCCAGAAAGAAAAAGAAGAGCGCGACUGUCGAGGAUCCUGUUCUCUACUCACCCAGCUCGGCCCUGAGGCAGUCGGUGAACCAAGAUUUUGUCUUCGGUACAUCUAGCCAGCUUAUCUUGGAGGACUCUCCCACCAUGCUACGGGACUUGCAAGCGGCCAUUAAGGCAUCCAACCAGCCUGGUAGUGAUCCGUUUGCCAGUUCGCCCACUAGCCGUGCAAAGGGGCUCUGGCAUGCUGGUGCUCGGGACGUGGAUGGCGAUCUGUUGGGGGCAGAGGUGGUCGACCUCGUCGCUGCGGGCAACGUUGCUGUCAAUGACAGAAGCAAUCUUGCUGAUCCGGCAGCCGGCCUGCGCCGCGACGAGUUUGUCGAUAUCGGUGAUAUCUGCAGUAGCUCUCCACAAGCAGGUACUGGAUCAACUGAUCCUUCAUCUCGGUUUUGGCAGCCGCAGGGGCCAAUUGCAAGCUCAGCGAUGACAUCUACCACAUUGUCAGAAGGCUCGGCAGUCGCAGAGGAAGCCAAAGCGGGCAAGGAACCGGAACAGCCCCAACGUCCGAAAUACGAUCUGUUCACUGAUGCGCAAUUAGCCAAGCAGGUUACGGCAUAUGGCUUCAAGCCUCUGAAGAGACGGCAGGCAAUGGUGGCUCUGCUUGAUCAGUGCUGGGCUAGUCAACAUCCUGGCAUGCCCAUGGUUCAUCCUGCGGGCCCAUCUGCCUCCAUGUCUACAUCUGCUUCUUUGCGCUUACCGAAACAGAAGUCACCUGCCAGAGCGGCCGCCUCUAAAGCGUCAACAACGGCGGAGCCAGUAAAAAAGUCGCGUAGUAAACCAAAGAAGGCAGAUGAGCCGGUGGCCUCAGUUCUCUCGGCCUCUCCGAAACGAGGAAGAGGCCGUCCUAGGAAAGUCCCCGCAGCAACAUCAGAUGCGGCGGUCAAAGCGACGACCACUAGAAAUUCGAAAUCACCCACCCAAGCCAAAGGGAAGCGGCCAGCGAAGAAAACCGUCGAGAUUGCCGACUCGGAUGACGAUAUCUCUUUGUCCUCUGACUCGUCGCCGGAACGCGUAUUCUCAUCCCCUCCGCCCGUGGACCUUUCGACGACCGAGGAUGGCGUUGACAUGUCCCUAAACUUAUCGCCGACGGACCAAGAAGCUACCAUGUUCUCACACAUCACCAAGGCUGUUACGUCGGCUCCUCGCUCGAAAGAUCCGACUAACCCAUCGUGGCAUGAGAAGAUGUUGCUAUAUGACCCGAUCGUAUUAGAGGACUUGGCUGCUUGGCUGAACGGUGGACAGCUAACGCGCGUGGGUUACGAUGGCGAAGUGUCCCCUGGUGAAGUCAAGAAAUGGUGCGAGUCGAAGAGCAUCAUAUGUCUUUGGAGAGUGAAUGUGCGUGGUAAGGAGAGGAAGCGAUAUUGA